AUCAACUUAUAGUUUAAAUAAUAAAUCUUUCCCAAUUAGCAUAAUAAGAGCAAUUUUCUAGAUUCUAAGAAAAUUGCUUCUCCGAAAAACUGGAGCUUUAGUCAACGAGGUUUGAAUAGUUAAGUAGCUCGAUUAUUACAAAGUACAAAAUACAAAGCAGUAUCACUUCACCAUCCACCAGUGUCAUAUCUCUUCAAGCUUCCAAGCUGACAUUACAUAUCGAUUCAAUCACACAUAAAGCAACUAUGGUUAUACUAAAGGAAAGUUUCUUUGCACUAACUUGCGUAGGUCUUUGGAGACCAAUGGACUGGCGAGGAAUAAAAGGAGUUUUUUAUAACUUCUACACGCUGCUAGUUAUUCUAAGCAGCGUUUCAUUCAUUCUUUCCGAAUCAGUAGAGCUGAUUUUUUUCAACGACGGGAUUUUCGAUUUCUUCAACAAUUCUUCAAUGCUGAUAACAGUCAUUGGCAUGUGUGGAAAAAUUACGACAGUAAUUAAAAAUCGUGGAACGAUAAUUGAAAUGAUGAAAAAUUUCCAAGGAAAGACUUUCAGUCCGCAAGAUCAGCAGGAAGAAAUCAUCCACAAGAACUUCAAUAAAAUUAUCAGAUUUAAUACUUUGCUGUAUGCAGUGUUUUUUGAAGUAUCCGUGACAGUGUUUGUCCUGGGAAAAAUUGUGGAAGACCGUCCGAUAGGAGUUUUACCAUGCAGAGCAUGGUUGCCCUACGAUUAUUCAAAGAACAAAACGAUCUACUGGCUGACCGCUUCACAGCAGCUACUCACCGUCUUUUUGAGCGCCAAUGUUGACAUCGGCUUUGACACGAUGUUUCCUGGUAUGAUGAUGCAAAUUUGCACUCAGGUCAACGUUCUCAAGCACAGGUUCCGAGUUACUCUGCAGAAGCUAGAAGAUUAUUCUAAAGACACACUUGAUUCUAAGGCUGUCAAAAUUACCGAGAAGAAAUUGUUUGCUGACUGCGUUGAGUAUCAUAUUGAUAUUUUGAAAAUGGUGGAAACAAUGAGUCGCAUAUUUGGUCCAAUGAUCUUCAUCCAGUACUCCUUCAGUUCCAUAAUCCUCUGUAGCAGCGUUUACGCUCUUUCUCAAAUGGUCCCGUUUUCUCCAGAAUUCAUCGCUUGCUUGGUUUACAUCCUCUGUAUGUUCUUCCAAAUAUUCGUGAUCUGUAUGUCAGGAAAUCAAGUUACGCUUGAGUUUGCAGAGCUAGGUCCCGAAAUGUACAACACAAACUGGUUUUUGCUGAGCAUUAACGCCCAAAAGCACAUUGCUAUGAUGAUGAUGUCUUCAGUAAAGCCGAUAAUAUUCAGCUGCGGUCAUGUUGCCACUUUGUCACUGGAUUCGUUCAAAAGGCAUCAACUGAUCAAUAAAAUGACUCCUAUUUUGCCACAAAGUUUCUUUAUUCUGACUUGCAUCGGGGUUUGGAGACCCGUUGAAUGGCAAGGCUGGAAGUGUGUCCUCUAUGACGCCUACAGUUGGUUCGUGGUCAUCACCAAUUUCGCGUUUUCGCUGUCCCAGUUCUUGGACAUACUUCUGGUCCGCACUUCAAUUAACGAACUUACCAAUAACAUGACCAUGUUGCUGGUGAUGGUCACUGCUUGCGGGAAAAUAGUCGGGAUUUUGUUCAACCGCAAUGAAAUUUUGGAAAUUCUCAGAAGCUUGGAGGAAAAACCUUUCAAGCCUCGUGAUCAGUUCGAAAAAGACAUUCGCAAGAAGUAUAUACACAUCAGCAGUCUUUUAACCCGUUCUUAUUCUGUAUAUUUGACAAUAGGAAUAUCAGGAAUUUUACUAACGCGAAUUCCAGAAGCUAAAUUACCUGAUGUGUUGCCUUUCAGCAGCUGGCUGCCUUACAAUUACUCAAAGCAAAAUGUUUACUUAAUUACCGCAGCUCAGCAGGUUUUUAAUUCUCUAAUUAGCACGUACGCACAAGUCGGCUUCGACACAUUGUUUCCUGGGUUGAUGAUGUAUGUAUCAGCACAAACUAAUAUCCUGCAAUAUCGCUUCAAUAAAGUCAUCAAAGCUCUUGAAAGAUUGAACUUCACUCAUUCUGCAAAUCAAAAUACAAAAAUUGUUGAAAGGAAUAUUAUUACUGAAUGGGUUGAGUGUCACAUUGCUGUUUUAAGUUUUGCAGAUUACGUCUACGAAAUAUUUUCAAAGCCUGUAUUUCUUCAAUACUGCUCGAGUUCAAUAAUGCUCUGUGGAACUGUUUAUUAUUUUUCAAGUAUUCCGAUGGACUAUGUUGAGUGUGUAAGCACAAUGGUUUUUAUUAUAGGCACAAUAUUGCAAAUUUUUAUGUGUUGUAUGUCAGCGCACCAAUUGACUCUUCAGUUUGAAAAUCUCAAUGAGGGGAUGUACAACACGGAUUGGUUUAACUUGAGUAUAAAUGCAAGAAAAUCUAUAAUUAUUAUCGUGCUAAAAACAUUUCAACCUGUAGUAUUCAUGUCUGGUUACAUUGUAACACUAUCUAUUGAAUCAUUCAAAAGUGUCAUGAAGUUAUCUUACUCUAUUUACAAUGUUCUUCAAUAAGAAAAUCAUCUUUAA